CUCCUUGCGGUCAUUAUGGCGGUUUUCACGGGCCUGGCCAUCGUGCUCAAUGGUACAGUGAUCAUCGUGUCCCUAAUGAACAAACAGCUGAGGCAGCCGCUCAACUACGCUCUGGUGAAUCUGGCAGUGGCUGACCUGGGCACUGCUCUGACCGGGGGCGUCCUCACAGUGAUCACCAAUGCCCAUGGAUACUUCUCUCUGGGGCGUACAGGCUGCGUGCUGGAGGGCUUUGCGGUGGCCUUUUGUGGUAUCACAUCACUCUGCACUGUGGCUCUGAUUGCAGUGGAGAGGAUGUUUGUCAUCUGUAAACCUCUUGGACAUAUCUCAUUUGAUAAGACCCAUGCUCUGGUUGGCAUUGGCCUGUCGUGGCUGUGGUCCUUAGCAUGGAACCUGCCCCCUCUGUUUGGAUGGGGCAGAUAUGAGUUGGAGGGAAUCGGGACGUCCUGUGCUCCAGACUGGCAUAACAGAGACCCCAGCAAUGUGUCCUUUGUCAUGUCAUACUUUGCUGUGUGCUUUGCCGUUCCCUUUGCACUCAUUGUGUUGUCAUAUGGGAAACUGCUAUGGACUCUACAUAAGGUGUCAAAGAGGGAGGGUGUGGAGGGAGGUGCAGUGGCCAAAGGUGAGACUCGAGUGGCCUUCAUGGUGGUCCUGAUGGUCCUGACGUUUUUGGUGAGCUGGUUGCCUUAUGCCUCUCUUGCUAUGGUCACCGUAUUCUUCCACGAUGUGCCCAUUUCCCCUCUGGUGGGAACCGUCCCUGUUUACUUGGCCAAAAGUAGCACUGCCUACAACCCCAUCAUCUACAUUUAUCUCAACAAACAGUUUCGUAAGUAUGCAGUGCCAUUCCUGUUGUGUCGUCCUAAGCAGUUUGUGGAAGAUGAAAGAUCUGAGGCAACAACUAUGGUUGAGUCUGGCGGCUCCAAAGUGUCUCCAUCGUGA